AUGGGCCGCUCCAAAGAGGGCAGCCCGGCGCACCGGCGCAGCCGGCCAGAAAACCUGGCCCUCGUCGGAGGCAAGUCUAUGACACUGCUGCCACCCUCUGGCUACCCUGCCAGAGACCCUGAUGCAGAGGAGACCGCUGCUCCGGAUUUUCGACUAAAGCCAGAGUGGGUCUACGGCUACAACGGUGGCACAGUGGCCUCAGUACACUGGAUUUCUGAGACGGAGUUCGUCUUCCCUGUCGCUGCCGUUGGUGUGGUCCAGUGCCUGGAUCCAGUUUCACAGCGCCACUUCAUAGGACACAGCACCAGGAUCACGUGCCUGGCUUACAACCCGGCGCGGAAGCUCUGCGCCAGCGGGCAGAUCACCCUGAAGGGUGGUGGAGGGCCCUUCGUCUGCCUCUGGCGGCCUGCAGAUUGCAUCCUGUUGUCCACUUUGCUUUGCGACAAGCACCAGGGGCAAAUAUGCUCGCUUUGUUUGAGCCCCAGCGGCCGAUUGCUUUUCAGCCUCGGUCGGGACAGCAGCCACACCCUGGUCUUGUGGGACAACUUCGUGCCACCCACGGACGACCCGCUCGCUCCUGCUCCCAGGGAGCUUCCGGUCGUCUUUCGGAGUCCGAUCCAGAAGGUGCCCACCGGUCAAGUGCCGGCCUUCGGUAUGUCGGCCAUGAAAACCACCGUUAAGUCCCUCUUCCACUUCGUGAUCUACGACGGAGGCCUGGAGCCACGGUUCGGUGUUCUGUUGAAGUUCUACAGCUUGAAUGCGAGCUUGGAGCUGAAGUGCAAUGCAGCAAUCUUCGGCGACCCGGCGCCGCGGCAAGUCUUGUUCUGCUCCUGGACAUCCGAUGCUCGCUGCCUUGCCUCCUGCGACAAUGGGUACCUCUACAUCUUCGAGGGCAAUGCCGCUAUCAGCAGCCAGCGCAUCAGCACUAGCGCCUUGGGCUUCUGCCUGGAGCUUUCUGACAGGCGGCUCGUGGCAGGCUCCCGGGACUCAGUUCUCCACUUCAUACCCGCUGAAGACGCUGCGAAUCGCACCUCUCGCCCCCUCCGGGAGUUGGGAGGCAGAUUAGUCUGCAGCGCUGGGGCCCUGCCCUUCGGAUCGGCUUGCGCAGGGCCAGCACUGCUGAUAGGCUCUACAAACCACCACCUGCUGCUCAUGGACCUGCCGGAGGGGAGGUUGAAGCAGGUGCUGCACGUGGGCAAUGCUGGUGAGGUGCACGCACUGGCCGUACAUCCCUCGUCAGACAUGCAGCUGUUCGCGACUGGGUCCUCGGAUGCUACUAUUCGCUUCUGGGACGCACGUGACCACUCUCCUGUAGUGGGCCGCGUACUGGAUUACACGCGCGACCAGUACUGGUGGCCAGAUGGCCCAGUCCCCAAAGACGGGAAGGGCGUCUAUGCGCUGGCCUUCUCCCCCUCUGGGAAGCAAUUCGCCCUGGGCCAUGGUGAGGGCACCAUAAGGCUCCUCACAUUUCCAGAGCUGCAAUCCAAGGCGGUCGUCUGCCAGUCGAAGCUGCGCGAGCGCAUCUCCGUCCUGGAGUUUGUGGAGGAGAAUCGGCUGGCCGCAGCAUGUUGGGAUCAGCAGAUCUACAUCUUUGAUGCACCCGGCCUAAAGUGCAUCCGAGUGCUCAAAGGCAACUCGGGCGGCAUCACGCAGCUGCAGGUCAGCUCGGACAGAGCCUUUGUCAUGAGCAAUGCCAAGGAUGGGCAGGUCCUGUUCUUUGACAUCCGAACGGGGGAGCGCGUUGCUGCCCCAGCGAUCCGAAACCAAAGCUGGAGGCGCUGGACCUGCCCGGCAGGUUGGGCGACGACCGGUGUCUGGGCCGCAAACCGACAUUUCUGCGCUCCGGACGUGAAAUCCUGCACGAGCCUUCGAUCCCUCACCGCCCUCGCAGCUGCAGGUGAGGUUCCGAACACCGGCACUGCGGCGGCAGCUCUCAGCAAGGAGCUGCUGGUCUUCGGCGACACCUCCCACUCCGUGCAGCUCUACAGCUAUCCGGCCCUGGAGGGCCAAGGCCACCACAGCUUCGACGGACACGCCGGCUUUGUGACCACCAUGGUGCCGCUGCCCAAGGGAGGCGACCCACCCGAGGAGCAGCUGAUCACGGCGGGGGGAGACGACCACGCAAUCAUGCAGUGGAGUGUGGGUCCUCAAACUGACGCGCCGCUUUGGCUGCGCUCCAGGGCGUGGAGGGAGGUUGUCGCCAAGCAGGAUCGCAAGAACUUGAGCCGGAUCCCGACCAUCGACCGGAGGGUCCUCGCUCCCGGAGAAGCGACGAGGACGCCUUGGGCGCGGCCGGAGGAGGACCGCUAUCAGCCGGCCGAGUCUGUGCCCAGAGGUGCCUUGGAAGGCUUGCCGCCUUUCGCCCUGCAUCACGACCAGGAGCCUCUGCAGCACAAGCGCGGUCACAGGCCCCGAGGCAUGGAUGGAUCCCUGGAGGGUCGGGGGUCCGCGGGCCUUACCACGCAUGCAAAGGACAACCACUCUUCGCUUCGGCGGCCCACGACAGCAGCCGCAGAAGGCACCGGCGUUUCCACGGAGGCCGCAGAUUCGCGCACGAGGAGACGCGGCGCUAACCGCGACGACCACACAAAGAGUUCGCUAUGGCAGGACAAAGGGCCUGCGAAGCCGCCUUCGGGGCGGCGGCCGAGUCAAUGA